UCCAGCCCGCUCGACCCAGUACCUGCCCUCUAUAACACAGCAGCUCCCCAACGACCUCCGAGCACCUCAUUCGUUUUUGCGACCAACAACCACUCUUUUCGUUGUUGCUCCGCUGCCUCUUUAAUACAUCCAUACCAACAUACACCUAAUACCUAAUUGCAGAGAUGUCGACGCCGUUUGCAGAGCGGGACGAGUCGGUUCUCAACAGUGACUACUUUCGCGCUCAGAAGGAAAUCGAGCUGUCGACCGCGGCAUUGAGAGCGAAAGCGCAGGGCCGAGCAUACACACCGGCGACUAUUAGCGAUAUGUCGUCGACUUCCACACCAUUGGACUCGUUGUUUGGAACACGAGCAAACACACCGAGAGCAUCUGUGUCGAAUGCUUCCAGUCGGACAGAUCUUUCUGAGCACGACAACAAGCUUCCUAGGGGAGUCAUAGUGCUCCCGGAGGACCGGGAGAAGAUUGAUAUUGUCGUCAAUCGGUCAGGAAAACACCGGGCGGAAGAACCACGAAGUUCGAUUGAGGAGUCCGAGGAUGAGGAAGUCAUCAAGAGACCCGAGGCAGCAGUUACAGUCAGCCGGCCCGUUAGCACUUUCGAGCGCGAUGAUGAUGCGGUUGCUCCGGUUACUAUUCCUUCGUUUGGAACAACCGAGUCUCCGGCGAGAGAUCUCAUUCUCCCGUCACCAAUUGCCGGACCGGCUGGUGGAGAGGCUCAGAAGGCCGAGAUUGGAGAUGAAGAGCAGGUGGCUGAGGCCCACGUGCCUCAGGUGGACGAGAAGAAAGCACCAGAGCAGACUCCUGCGGCUGCGGCCGCGGGAACUUCGGAUGGAGCGGAUGCAGAGCUCGGCUUCUUCGGACGACAGAUGGCAACCAUGAAACGGAAGUACAACCCUACCGAGGAUCCUCCGCUCGUGCUUCCUUCAGGACCUACGGACGAGGAGAAGUACUGCUACCUGAACACUCGGAGAGUACCACUGUACAUCUUUGGUGUCUUCUCUUUUCUCAGUUUGUCGGCUGGUAUGUGGCUGUUCACCAUCUCGGCUCCGAUCUUCUACUGGUUCGGCGCAUUCGUCGGUCUCCUUCAGAUUUACUUGGUCAUCUCCUACAUGGUCGGUAUCGUCGGAAAGGACUACGACUUCGAGGCACACAAGGUGGUCAUCGCAGAGCACGCAAUCACGCCUGACAGCGCCCCCACGGUCGACAUCUACCUGCCCUGCUGCAAAGAGCCCCUCGAGAUCCUGGAGAACACCUAUAAGCACAUCACCGCCCUGGAAUACCCGGAGGGGAAGAUGAAAGUCUAUGUUCUGGACGAUGGUGACAUGGCCGAGGUCAAGGCUAUGGCGGAAUCCUACGGCUUCAACUACUUCUCGCGUGACGACAAGCCUCGUCUGAAGAAGGCUGGUAAUCUCCGAUGGGCAUUUGCCCGUACAGACGGUGACUUCUUUACCAUCUACGACGCCGACUUCUGCCCCCGCUCCGAUUUCCUGAUGGAGCUCAUCCCCCACAUGAAGAACGACCCCAAGCUCGCCAUCGUCCAGACCCCGCAAUUCUUCCGCACCACGGAAGACCAGACCUGGGUCGAACAAGGAGCCGGAUCCGUGCAGGAGCUCUUCUACCGCAUCGUCCAACAGAACCGUGACCGCUGGGGUGCUUCCAUCUGUGUCGGCAGCAAUGCCGUAUACCGUCGCGAGGCCUUGGUCGAGACUGGAGGAACUGCUGAGAUUGGGUUUUCCGAGGACGUGCACACCGGCUUCUACGCUGUCAACCGUGGAUGGAAAUUGCGAUAUGUUCCCUUGUGUCUCGCCUGCGGAGUCUGCCCGGACACUCCUAGAGCCUUUUUCUCUCAGCAGAUGCGAUGGUGCCUGGGUUCCACUACGCUUUUGACCAACCCCGACUUCUGGACCUCCAACCUUACCUUCAUCCAGAAGGUGUGCUACCUGUCUGGUAUGAUGUACUACUCGGCCACUGCCCUCGGCAUCUUCAUCAACCCGCUCCCCGGUAUCCUCCUGAUGUGGUUCCGUCCGGAGUUCCUGAUGUACUACAACCUGGCGUUCGCUAUUCCGUCGCUACUGUACUCGUUCAUCGCGAUCCGGAUGUGGGCCAAAGCCAAGUACUCGAUCCACGUGCAAUACAUCAUGGCCAUCCAGCAGUACGCCUACCUCACCGCCAUCAAGGACCGACUCUUCGGCACUGCCCUCGCUUGGGUCCCGUCCGGAGACGCGAAGGCCCACAAGAACAACAAGUACAGGAACAUGCGGAUCCUGGCUUGGUGCUGGACCAUCACCUUCGAGGGCUUCCUGAUAUCUGGAGUUGCUUACUGCAUCCUCGGCGGUUGGGCUUGGUACAACUUCUUGCCCAUCAUUCUUCUUAAUGCGUUCAAUCUUUUCAUUACUCAUCGUUUCUUGUUCUGCCCUUGAUUUGGGGGCUUGGGAUUUGGAAUUUG